GAAUAAUUUUUUAAAAUAUGCAACGAAUGGUCUAUAAAUCAUUUAUUUUUAAUAAACAGACUUCACUGUUGCUGUUGUCAACAAUUGCUGUCAACCAUUUGUAUCGCCAACAACAACAACAGCAUCAGACCAGACAAACAUCAUAUGAAAUACCGGUUAAGUCGUGUCUUAGUUUGAGAUCACUUUCAGCGAUUAURACYAUAAGAUUAGCUCAGUUGGCGGCUAAURAUGACAAUCAAUGGAUAGACAAUGUUUACAAUAAAAGCAUUAAAAGUGUGGUCAAAAUUAUGCGACGUGAUAUAACUGACGAGGAAKCCAUAUAUUGGGGCACCGGUUGGAUAGUAGAUGCAAAUACUGGCCUAAUUGUCACCAAYUAUCACAACGUUGAUGACUUCACUGUUGUUAAGGUUCGACUACCGCAUGCUUACCGAGUGCAAGACCUGUUGGCUGACAUACCAGAUAAAGAUCGCAUCUUAAGAGAUAAUGAAGAUAUAAGCGAGUGGUGGGCGCAUGUGAUUUAUGUUGAACCGCAUCUGGAUCUGGCACUGUUGACAUUACCAAAGAUUAAGUCCGGACAGCUAACUCAGCUUAGGAUUGCCAAAACAGACGCCACAUUUGGCGAUCAAGUAAUGGCCAUUGGAUUUCCCGAUUUGGAUAAAUCUGUGAUAAUUGGUAUAAUAAAAUAUGUACACUAUUUAGAUGAGGUUACAGAAGGAUGGUAUAAGUAUGAGGACCUACAGUGGCCCACAAAUCAGUUAUAUAUGUUUGCAUCGGCUACAGGUUCACAUGGUUGUUCCGGUGGAGCAGUGAUCAACACGGAUGGCCAAGUAAUAGGUGUAUUAUUUAGUACUGGUUUUAAAGCACUGACCAUUACUAGAAGACAGGAUCUGUUAGAUUUUAUAGACAGAGCAAAAGGCAAAGGACAGGAAAUUCGUCAGAAAUUAGUUAAUAAUAGAAAACAGUUGUAUUCCUCCGGCAAACCAUUUAUAGGUGUUUUUGUCAAAUACAGUACUGAUAGUCAAACCUAUUGUGUCCAUAAAUAUAUGCCAAACGCUAAGAAUGUCAGACAAAACUUUAAAAUUGGUGAUCAAAUUAUAACUAUCGAUAAAAAAUCAAUUAACAAUUUUGAUGACUUAAUGAAUGCCAUCAAUCAGUUAUCCAUUGGACAGUCAAUUGAAUUGGGGAUUAAAAAACUUAAUAAACAAGAAGUGACUGCAAUUCAAUUUAAUCGACAAACUAUUGAAAACUCUUGUUUUUUCUAA